CGCACUACUGACGUAUAUUCAAUGUUUAUAGGUAAACUAGUCAAGACUUUAUACCACCCAGCGAUGGCCUCCAAGAGAAUUCCGCUGUUUCUACAUAUUCGUCGCCUAACUGAUAACCCCAAGGCUGCCUUCACGCCGGAGAUCAGGCAAAUUGACAACUACUCUUCUACCUGGCCUCACUUCAUUCCAAAGCCCUUCCCUCGCAAUGGAGCAAUCCGAGAUAAAAACACACAUCCGCCGCCCGUGGCAGAAAUACCGGGACAUCGACUCGCUCAAAUCGCAUGACCUCAAACUCCUAGACGUCCUGCCCCUGAGGGCGAAGAACCACGCGAUCGCCGCGAUGAGCGAGUUCGCGGGGACGUUCAUGUUCCUGCUCUUCGCCUUCGGCGGCACCAACGCCGUCAACACGAACCUGCCCGCGUCAUCCUCCUCCGCGGCCGAUCCCGCGCGUCUGCUGUACAUAUCGCUGUGCUUCGGGAUGAGCCUGGCCGUCAACGCGUGGGUGUUCUUCCGUAUUAGCGGGGGGUUGUUUAACCCCGCGGUGACGGUGGGCAUGAUGGCCGUCGGCGCGCUGGACUAUGUGCGCGGGCCGCUCGUCAUGUUCAGCCAGAUCGUCGGCGGGAUCGCGGCGGCGGCUGUGGUCAUGGGGCUGACGCCGGGGCCCCUGAACGUAGGUACGGGGUUAGGGGGCGGGACGACGGUUGUCCAAGGCUUGUUCAUCGAGAUGUUUCUUACGGCCCAGCUGGUGUUUACGAUAUUCAUGCUGGCGGCUGAGAAGCAUCGCGGGACGUUCAUUGCGCCUGUGGGGAUUGGGCUGUCGUUAUUUAUUGCUGAGUUGAUGGGAGUCUACUACACCGGCGGAAGCGUGAACCCAGCCCGUUCUUUCGGCCCCAGCGUCGUCACGGGCACGUUCUACACCUACCAUUGGAUUUACUGGGUAGGCCCCAUUCUCGGCUCGUUAGUCGCAUCCGGUUUCUACGUCUUCAUCAAAGCUCUCGAAUACGAAACCGUAAACCCGCAGCAGGACCAGCCUACCGACCUACCUAUCGAGCCUAGGGUCUCCUCUGAGAAGCCUGAGAGAAGCGGGCGUCAGUGGGAUGAGAGAGCGGCGGCUGCGGAUAGAUUUAGUGUAUCGUACAUGGGCGGUUCGGGCGGCUCGAAUCUACCUACGGUAGAACCUAAGGUAGAAACUGGUCGUAGUUUAACCCACGCACAUUAGUCGUGAUCUUACUUAUUUAUCGAUUCCUAUGAUUAGCGAAUAUUUACCUAGGUUUCUUGGCCAUUUCCAAGUCUUAAUGAACAAUA